AAACUAUUAAUUUAAUAACACAGACGGUUUGCUUGAUUAAGUGCGUCAUAUCCGGUAGUUGUUUCAAAAUGGCAGCGACCUUGUGCGGCAAACUGUUCUCCAGGCCGGUAUGGCUGCCCCUGACUCAGAGUGUCCGUCAUGGGUCCAAGGCUGUCACUCGUCACAGGAAGCCAGUGCACAUCCUCAAGCAGAAGCUGCUAGCCGUGACCCAAUACAUUCCCCCAAAGCCCGGGCCUCCUGUGGGCUCUGUGGCCCCCCGUCCCGAAAGGAAUGUGGAGGAGAGUGGUUUGAUGAGGAUUUUAAAGAGAGACCUGGAGGCUGUGUUCAAGGAGAACAAGAUGAUUGCUGUGGCCCAAAACAAUUCCUCCAACUCAGAGGAUAUGCUGAUCCUGAGGCACCGGCUAAACAAGCACAACAUUAGUGUCAAGUUCUUUCCUAAUCAGGUCACAAGGGCUUUCUUAUCUGGAAGUCCAUACAGAAACAUGGAGCCUCUGUUCACGGGACCAACUGUCAUGCUUGUCAGCAAAGAGCCCAAAGCGAGACAGAUGCUUGUUUCAUUGCGAGGCAGCCCUCAGAUAACACUCCUGGGAGCCUGCAUAGAGAACGCGCUGCUGUCCCGUCAGGGCAUCCUGGACUACUCCAAACUGCCCACCAUGAUCACCACGCAGGGCGAGCUGGUCGGCAGCCUGACCCUGAUGUCCUCCCAGACGGUGUCCAUGCUGAGCCGGCACCCGGCCCACCUCAGCGCCCUGCUGCAGCAGUACGUCAAACAGCAGAGCCCCGAGGGCGAGGGCGGCGCUGACCAGGACCCCACUCAGACAGAAGGGGCGGCAUGAGAGGUUCACAUCUCUCCCCUGUCUGCCCGUGUGCAGAGACUGCCCAUGUGCAGAUCAGACUGAGAGUGAGUAAAAGGGGGAGAAGAGAGAGAGAGGGAAGUGGAAAUGGUUUGCAGACUGUUUGGAACCAUUCCAUUUCACUUCCUCUAGCCACCUGGUCUGGCUCACUCAACUUGGACUGAACCAUUGUACCAUAAGAACUGUGUGGUGUCACCUGUUAAAGAUGUAAUUUAAAACAAAUAUCUAAGUUCA